AUGUCUCAAGAUGCGACUGAUACCAAUAACAAUGGCGGAAUAGAUUUUGCCCUCUAUCGCUAUAAACCCUCCAUUGUAGCAGCUGCAGUCUUUGCCGGAAUCUUUCUACUUCUCUCCUUUUUACAUUUGAUUCGACUGCUUCGAAACCACCACUACUUCUUCAUUCCAUUCAUCGUGGGCUUGCUAUUCGAAUGCGCCGGCUUUAUCGCUCGCAUAUUUUCACAUUUCGAUACAAUGGCACUUGGUCCGUAUAUCGUUCAAACCAUGCUCAUCCUCGUUGCACCCCCGCUGUUUGCCGCCUCUAUUUACAUGACACUGGGUCGAAUUGUUGUCAAACUUGGCGCAGAAGAGAAAUUCAUCAUUCCCGUCUGGUUUCUCACAAAGAUCUUUGUUAUUGGGGAUGUCGUAUCGUUUCUUCUGCAAUGUGGAGGCGGUAGUUUUAUGGCCGUUGGAACACUAUCUGCCAUGAGCACUGGCGCCAAUAUUGUUGUUGGUGGUCUGGUUGUUCAGCUUCUCUUCUUCGGGUUCUUCGUCUACCUAUCCGCAUCGUUGCAUUGGAGGAUGAAGCGGCGCCCGCAGUAUAACCAUGUUUGCGAGAGUGUGAGGUCAUAUGGUAUCGAGUCCAAGGGCCAAAUAACCUGGGAAUCGCUCAUGUGGGCUAUCUAUGUUGCCAGUUUGCUCAUUCUCGUGCGAUCGGUCUUUCGAGUUGUGGAGUUCGUUGAAGGAAAUGAUGGCUUCAUCAUGCACAGAGAGUAUCUUCUAUACAUUUUUGACGCUUGCCUCAUGUCCCUGACUGGGAUCGUUCUGAUUGUUGUUUAUCCGGGCUCAUUUUUGGGUCGCGGUGAAAACAAGAGGGAUAGUGAGCUUCCACUCACACUCACAGAAGACGGAUUUACUCGCCCAAAGUCAAAUUCCGAGGGGUGA